AUGUCAAGAGUUAUAUUACUAUUAGUUAUUGCUGUGCAAAUUUUUGCGUUCACCGAAUCAGUUCAGGUUUCGGUGAACGAGCGUAAUAGAGAUACUAUAACAGAAGAGAUGAAUAUGGGAGUAAAUAAGUAUGAGAACCCGACUUCGGAGCCCAAUCCUACCUCUGUGGAGACACGUGAUGAUAUGCGAACUGAACUGGACCGAGCAAUGACGGAAUGUAAUGAAACAUUCCGUGUUGAAAUGUCCUAUUUGGAAGCACUCAAUGAAAGUGGUAGCUUUCCAGAUGAAACAGACAGAACACCAAAAUGCUUUGUACGCUGUGUACUUGAAAAAACUGGAGUAGCAUCUGAGGAGGGGAAGUAUGAUCCGACUAGAACGGCUGUAGUUUUCGCGGGGGAAAGAGCAGGCAGACCAAUGAAUGAUAUUCAGGACAUGGCCUCAGGAUGCAUUGAUCGACGAGAAUCGUGUAAAUGUGAAAGAGCAUAUCAAUACAUUAGAUGCUUGAUGGAAGCUGAAAUUCGGAAAUAUGAAUAA